CCUGUGUGUCGUAAGGAAGUGGGCUAGUCAGUCCAUCAGACAGGCAGCCUCUGUGCAAGUUAACACUUCACUGUUGGUAGAGCGGGGUAAAGACGAGAGAAAAGCAAGGACUGAAAUUUGACAAUAACCUUAAAACAGAAGAAAAUGUUACAGAGGACAGCCUCCAAUGUGUCAGACAAAGUGAAGAGCAGCAAGCCAAAGCGCUCUACCAGCUUCGGCAGGUUUGAAGGUCUCAGACAUCACUCUUCACUAGCCAAACCCGAGGAAAAUGGAACAACUAUGCUCACAGAAGAGUGUGAGAGUCUGGACCCAAACAAAUCUGCCUCACUUGGGAAGAAGAUGAAGGCAAUUUCACUGACCAUGCGCAGAAAAAUGGGCAAAAAACACGCCAAGUCUUUUUCUGAGGAGACAGGUGAUGACACGGACAAAGACCCAGAGGCAGAGACAGAGGGUGGCCCUCCGGCUGAGAAAAACUCUGCAAAAACAAGCAACUCUUUAGAGAGUCUCUACAGUGGACAGAGCUCCUCUAGUUCAGGUGGUGUGACCAGUGAGUCCAAUGGUUCCGGUCAGAGAGACAGUCUGAGGCUGGAGGAGGACUGCCCCUAUCAGGGACAGUUCUGUGGCAGAGCUCGCGUCCACACAGACUUUGUCCCCAGCCCGUAUGACACAGAUUCUCUCAAACUCAAGGUUGGUGACAUUAUCAACAUCAUCAGUAAGCCUCCAAUGGGCAUCUGGACAGGCAUGCUGAACAACAAAGUGGGCAACUUCAAGUUCAUCUAUGUGGACGUUUUGGUGGAGAAAGAGGAAGAAGAGGAGGCUCCCAAGAUCAGACAACAGAAGCUGUGCAAGAGACCUCGACCUAAAACACUGCUGGAGUUACUGGAGCGACUGAAUCUCGAGGAGUACGCCUCCGCCUUGCUGCUAAACGGCUACCAGACGGUGGAGGACCUGUUGCACCUGCAGGAGAAACACCUGGUUGAGCUGAACGUCAAUGACCCCGAGCACAGGCGCAAGCUUCUCGCUGCUGCUGAAUAUCGCUACACAGAAGGUGAUGAUGUCAGGGAGGCAGAGGAGCACAAAUCCUCCCACAGUCUACAGGAAGAAGACAGCGAUUGUCCCAGAGACUCAGGCUGCUUCAUCCCGUCUGAAUGCUCAGACAGCAAGGAGGACACGGAGCAGCUCACAGACACUGUGGAUUCUUAAAGUGAUUACUUGUCAGAUGGACACUUUGACAUUUGAAAUUCAGAGUUCUUAUGGAGAUUAUCCCUUCAUUUUCUCCAAAUGUCAUGUUGUUAUCCCUUAUUCCACAAGCUUGCCUAAUGUAGAAGCUUUUCAAAAGUGUAAUAUCUAUAGGAAGAAACAAACAACAAAUAUUAUAAAUGUCAUCUUAUCCAUUUGUCACUUUAUCAAGAAAAUAAUCAAGCUGUAAGAUUUCUUGAUUUUUUUUUAUUUUAUGUUGUUGUUUGUUGUUUGUGUGACAUUUCCUUGAUUAAAUGUCACGUGUAUUUAUUGCAUUCUAAAUCAUUUAAUGUUUUCCAUAUAACGCCUUUAUUUAUCACAUCUGCAUCAUUUUGACCUUCGUCAUCAAAUCCAAUCUCAGCUCAACAUCCAGUGUAAUUUUAUUUCCCCAUGAAUUAUUGGUGAUAUAGGUGAAGGGAUGUUUUUGCAAUGGGUUUAAACAAUGCAUAUUGAAAUCUUGUAUGCUGUACAGAAAAAUUUUAAUGUUAUUUUCUGAAAGUGUGUGUGUGUGUGUGUGUAAAUGAG